AUGGAACCACGCAUCAAGUUCGGUGAGAUGCGCUGGAAUGCUGGCAGCACUAUCGAUCCAAUAAAUGGAGAAGAGAGUACCAGUCCGAAAAGCCUCCCGACUUCUCAACUCCCUUUACGGUCGACUCCAGCCUGGACCGCCGGUAGGACCCUCGAUCCAUCAAUUCGAGAUGAUGGUAUCAGUCUGAGAAGCGUCCCGACCUCUCAACUCCCUCUACCGCCCACCGCGCCUCCUGAGAAGCCUUUUCAGGCCCCAAACAAGCCCCAAACUUCGACAUUGCCUCGAAAGGAACGUUCCCUUUGGGAGGGCGAACGGGGUCUGAACGAUCGUGGCAAGCCCUGGGAUGCAUUGGAUCCCGACAACCCAAUCAUCGGAGAUAUGGCCAGUCUUCACCUGUGGGGGAGUGGCAAUAUCCGCCGCAUAGUCGAUCAGAACGUCAGACAGUUCCCCUGGGGCCCUGCCCAGUCAUUCACUAUUCAGCCAGCAUCUGGUUAUCAGUAUGACUUCAACUCAUCCCCGUCUGGAUAUGGGAACUUCGUUCCAAAUCCUGCCCUCCCACCUUCGCAUGUGUACGCGGGCGCCGGCUAUCUUCCCAAAUUCGAAUCUGCUAACCUAGCUCCCCAGUUCAACUACCCAACCCCGAACCCAUCAUUCAAUGCACCCGACGUUGGAGACAAUACACUCACAUUCCCAUCUUGGCAUCACCCUGUCAUACAACCGACUGAUAUGAUACAGCCGUCUGUUGGGCAACACGAAACCAGCUAG